GUGCGUCGCGCGGCGCCAGCUCUCUGCGCACGCGCAUAAAUACCGUCGCGGCGCGCAUCCCGGCGCACUCGCGCGCACGGACACGCAACGGCGGCGAAUCAAAAUGCGUGCUCUUCUGUUGACGGCCUUCCUGGCCCUGACAUGCUCCUCAGUUCAAGCGGAGUCAGGCCGCGUGGUGUGCUACUUCAGCAACUGGGCGGUGUACCGGCCCGGGCUCGGCCGCUACGGGCUGGAGGACAUUCCCGUGGACCUGUGCACCCACAUCAUCUACUCCUUCAUAGGAGUGACUGAGAAUACUCACGAGGUGCUCGUCAUCGAUCCUGAGCUGGAUGUAGACCAGGGCGGGUUCCGCAACUUCACCUCGCUCAAGGCCAGCCAUCCCAAGGUCAAGUUCACGGUGGCCGUGGGCGGCUGGGCGGAGGGCGGCUCCAAGUACUCGCGCAUGGUCGCUGACAAGAAGUCCAGGAUGGCCUUCGUCAGAAGCAUUGUUGAUUUCCUCAACAAGUACAACUUCGACGGUCUCGACCUGGACUGGGAGUACCCCGGAGCAGCUGACCGCGGCGGCUCUUUCUCCGACAAGGACAAGUUCCUGUACCUGGUCCAGGAGUUGAGACGAGCCUUCCUGAGGGUGGGCAAGGGCUGGGAGCUGACCGCUGCGGUGCCGCUGGCUAAUUUCCGACUGAUGGAGGGGUACCAUGUGCCUGAGUUGUGCCAGGAGCUGGACGCGAUCCACGUGAUGGCGUACGACCUGCGCGGCAACUGGGCCGGGUUCGCGGACGUGCACUCCCCGCUGUACUCCCGCCCUCACGACCAGUACGCUUACUCCAAGCUCAAUGUGAACGACGGCCUCAAACUGUGGGAGGAGAAGGGUUGUCCGGCCAACAAGCUGGUCGUGGGCAUCCCGUUCUACGGUCGUUCGUUCACUCUGUCGUAUGGCAACACCAACUACAACCUCGGCACAUACAUCAACAAGGAGGCCGGCGGUGGCAACCCUGCGCCCUAUACUAAUGCUACUGGAUUCUGGGCGUAUUAUGAGAUCUGCACCGAGGUGAACAAGGAGGGCUCCAACUGGACCAUCAAGUGGGACGAGCAGGGCAAGUGCCCCUACGCCUACUCGGGCACGCAGUGGGUCGGCUACGAAGACCCCAGGAGUGUCGAGAUCAAGCUUAACUGGAUCAAGGAGAAGGGGUAUUUGGGUGCCAUGACCUGGGCGAUCGACAUGGACGACUUCCAAGGUCUCUGCGGUGAGAAGAACGCGCUCACGAAGCUGCUGCACCAGCACAUGGCUCCGUACCAGGUGCCGCCGCCCAACCCUGGAUCUACCACGCCUACUCCUGAAUGGGCGCGCCCACCAUCAACCACCCCAGACCCAUACGAAGACGUGGUCCCGGCCGGGAACAAACCCGCGACCACUGCGCGACCCCAGGCCACCACCACCACUACCAAACGCCCGACUACCCCCGCCGUUGCCAUGACAACCACCACCACGGCUAGACCCACUGAGGCAGCGACAGUGUCUACGGCUGCUACUACUGAAGCCUGCAUUGAUACUGAGGUCCCUGAGACUCCUGAGGUUCCCGAGGAGAAUGAAGUGGACGCUAAUGACGUUUGUUACGCACAAGACGAUUACAUGGCGGAUAAGAAGGCGUGUGAUAAGUACUGGCGUUGUGUGAACGGCGAGCCGGUGCAGUUCUCGUGCCAGCCGGGCACCGUGUUCAACGUCCAAUUGAACGUCUGUGAUUGGCCAGACAGCGCCAAUAGAAGUGACUGCCAGAUGUGAGCUUGUAGCACCGAUUAGUAACCAA